AUGUUAUCCAAAAUUGAAUAUACAUCAAGUUAUUGUGAAGAAAAUAUCUAUCAGUUGGCAGAGCAUGUUGUAAAAGAGAAGCCGCCUCGGCUUCAAGCAUAUGUAGUAUUCUUGUCAACACCAACAAAAACGAUGCCAAUUUGGGAACAGUCAAAGUCACCAUUCGUUAUUUGGGAUUAUCAUGUAGUGCUUUUGACAAGAAGUCUCCAAUGUCCCGAGGAAGGAUGGUUUCUAUGGGAUCCCGAUACUAGAUUACCAAUUCCCUGUCCUUUGGAACAGUAUCUUGAACAAGCGCUCUGUCGAGACUUGGAGCAUCCUCCUGAGCAACCGCUUAUUUAUGGAAAUCUCUAUUGUGAGAUGAACAGAAAAUAUAGAGUUAUUGAAGCGAACACAUUUGUCCAACAUUUUAGCUCUGAUCGCUCACAUAUGAAAACCAACACAGGUGAAUGGCUUUCCCCUCCGCCGUCGUAUCCUUGUAUAGGAAACCAAAUGAAUCUCUCACAAUAUACGAAUGUAAACGAAAACCAAAACGAUGCUGUAUUCGGCACUGUCUAUAGCGAAGGCGAGUUUCGACAAACGUUUCAAGCAUCGGCUUAG